AUGCAUUUGGUUUUAUUAAUAGUUAAUAGUUUUGCAAAUGUUUUACUACUAGCUGCUAUCGAUGAUUUGAUUAAUGUUUUAAUGAAACCAAAUGAAACAUCAAAAUGUAUAACAAUCAUAACGACAACUGACGGUCGAGUACAAGUGUCCGGCAGAAAAGCUUAUCCACAUGUACUUCAUUGUCGUAUAUGGCGAUGGCCCGAUUUAGAUAAUUAUCAUGAAUUACAAAGUGUUCCAUAUUGUCAAUAUCCAUUUUCACGAAAUAUAAAAAUGAAUGAAGUAUGCAUUAAUCCAUAUCACUAUGAAAAAAUCGAAACACAUGUUUCCUCAUUGUUACCUUCUCAAAUGGACUGUGGUUAUUCAAUGGAACCAACGAUUCAGCAAAAUAUAAUUGCAACAACCUUUAUUCAACCUGAACAAUCAAUGAAUUGUUAUCAUUCAUAUAAUUUAACACCGAACACAAGUGAUUCAUCAUCUUCCAACAGUGCAUUGAAUGUAACACCCCCACAAUAUUGUCCAAACACCGAUUAUAUGAAUGUGAUACAAGAAAAUGAGAAUAUUUAUUAUGAUCAAAUUGAUUCAAAACAAUGUUGGUGUUCACUAUUAUAUUAUGAAUUAGACAUACGUCUCAGUCCACGUUUUGAUGUCUAUACACAAUCAAUUCAGAUCGAUGGUUAUACAUCACCCACAACAACUCAAUUCAGUCAACGGUUUUCACUUGGAUCAAUCACAAAUAUUAGUUUAUACUUUUUUCCUAUAAUAGGUAUUAAACUAUGGCAAUCAAAUGGUGAAAUAUAUGUUGAAAAUUGUUUACACGUCGGCGCGAUUUAUGUGCAAUCAGGCCUGGCCAAUAUGAUGUUUAAAAAUUCGGAUAAAUAUGUUAGUAAAAUAAAAAAUAAUAAUUGGUUUCUAUUAUUUGAUAUUAAUUUUUUUACACAAUUAAUUACAAAUAUAUUGAACAAGCCAAAUAAUCCAAAUAUGUACGAACACAUUUAUGAUCUGACCAAACUUUGUCAUAUACGAAUUAGUUUUAUUAAAGGUUGGGGAUCAGCAAACUAUUUUCGUCAAGAUGUUACGUCCACUCCAUGUUGGCUGGAGAUUAUUUUGCAUGAACCCUUACAAUUAAUUGAUUAUUAUUUACAACAGCAACGAGGUCCACAAGGAUUGAUCACAUCGAGAAGCUGA